CCGCCACCGGCCACGCCGCCGCACGGCACGACACGACACGACACGCUCCGCCCCCUCGCCUUCGCCGGCGCCCCCUAGCCGAGGCUCGCUCGCCCGAUUUCCGCCUUGGGCCUCUUGCCGCCCCCAAGGCGCUCUCUAGGCUCCAGCCUCCGACCUCCGCCGCUCUACGCUGCGUGCCUCGCGAGUUCGCCGCGCCGCCUGAGCCGGCCGAUCUCCAUCCCGCGAGCAGCGGCGCCGGUGUCCCCCCUCCCCCCUGCCGCUUGUCGUCGCUCGCUGCCUAGGUGGAGCAAUGGCUUUAAGUUCGUCUGGGAGCAUGUCUCGGCGUCUUCUCAAGGCACUCACUGUCAACCCGGCAUUGGCUUCUGGGAUGACCUGUCAGCUUCAACAGCGGGCGCCAGUGAGUGGGACAGCCAAGGGUAAGGCUAAGCUCAAGACUGGCCAACAAUUGAAGCGUAACACCAUUGGGGCAAAGAAGGGUGCCGCGCCUUCCACUGGUGGUGGUGGUGGCGGUGGCGGUGGGCGUGGUCGUCGUGAGGCCAUUGAGCGUAUUACUCAGAUUGCUGAGUCUUGUCUCAAAGCCUCAACUCCCCUGCGCCAUCUGUCUCCAAAGGAGCGUCUUCGUGAGGCCAAACGUGAGGAGCUUGGACUCAUCUCCAAGGAGCGGCAACGUGAACUUGAUUUGGCCAAGGCUAAAGCGAAGUCCAAAGGCCGUGGGGGUGAUGGUGAUCGUGUGCUGAUGGGUCCUCCAGGUCUUGACUACAUCAGUCUUGGAUUGGUUGAUGAGGAUGCAAUCCCUAAAUAUGAGCUGACAGUUGAAGAUGGCCGGCGACUUGCCAAACAAUACAGUCAGGUGCUAAUGCGACGGCACCGCGCACGGCAAACUGCGGAAUCUUCUCUUCUGAGGCUCAAGAAGGAGGCUAUUGCAGCACUCCCUGAGAAGCUGCGAGUUGCUGCUAUGGUUCCUGACAUGACACCAUUCCCUGCAAACCGUUACAUGGCAACACUCACACCACCAAUUGAAGGGUAUAUUGAAAAGGUGCGGGAUGCUGCCAAGAAGUAUUCUGUGAAGGAGAAACUUCGUUGAGGUUACUUCAAGGAAGGAAAGGGUGUCUAGAGGUAAGGGUAGAUGAACAUCUCUCAGCUACGAGAACAGAGCAUACUUUAUGAACUGGCGUAUCAGUGCAAGCAGCAAUUGGGAAGCUUUGAAUUUUCGAUAUGUUUCUUUCGUCAUUUUCUUCUGGCUGGAUUGCUGCAUGCAUGAAUGGCACUUUCUGAAGCUCGAUGGACAUUCGUUUUGUUUGUUUGUUACGAAUGUUGUUAGGCAGCCAACUGUGUAAUAAGUGCCCGGCGGUCGGAUUUACAUCUGCCAUUUAGAUUUUGCAUACUUUUUUUGACUGCUAAAAUGGUUGUAGCAAAACAAUGCGACAAUGCCUAACUGAGGAGAUCUUGGUAUUGGCUCUCGUGUUUA